AUGUCAGUUUCAUUGAUUCAGCUCGAGCCUAUCAAGCUUGGUCAACAGUCAUUCCGAUACUUUGGUCUCAAGCUCAUUGACGAAGGUGCUGCAAAUGUGGUUUACAAGCUGACCGAGCUAUUUCCUGGAGAUAUUAGAUCUACUUCCUCCGAUACUUCGCCAAAGUUUAUGGUGUCUAGCAGUAUAGCCCAUAUCAACUUCACGCGGAUGCUUCUCCGGGUCCGUAAGGCGGCCGCAGAGAAUGUUGAGACUCAAUGCGAUAUUGUUGACAAGCUCAAUAAUCUCAUACCAAGCCAUCACAUUGUUCAGAUGAUCCCUGUACAAGCUUCGUCUGAGCUUUUAAGUGCGCUUAACUCAGACUUGCUCACCCGAGAACGUCAGAGAAGACGACCUCAGAUACGUUGCGGUAGUAUGAUCGAAGAGACCAAUCCGACCGUGGUGCUUGUUGAGGACAUGAGCGCGGAGUCUACAAUGUCAUUCACGGUUGAGUUCAAACCGAAGUGGCUAGUGCAGUCGCCUGAUGCUCCAAAGGAUGCCAUCCGAUGCCGCACCUGCGCUCUACGAGCUAUGAAACUUUUACAAUCCCGAGAUGGAAAACUCUUGACAAAAGUACCGCCAUUCUGCCCGCUUGAGCUCGUAGAGGGAAAACAAGAUUUUGUCCGACAUGCGAUGUCCGGUUUACUGCUGUCCGCUAAGCUACCCUACGAAAGAGGUAGCUCGAAUUAUGAAGCUGUGCUAAAAGACCUGGUCCAUUACUUCUCCGAUGGGAACGAGGGAAACAAGCUCCUCCAUUCUAUCAGGAAGGCCCAGCAGCAUUUUUCCCCUGGCCCAUUCAGAGACCUUCCGGAACUCAACCAAGACCGCAAUACUACCUCCAUCGUCACUGUGAAGAAACUCGAGGCUGCCGUCACAACUAUGACGUUACGAGAUGUAUCUCUAUUUCUACGCUAUACAUUCUCCCAAAGUAAGAAAGAUGGUUCAGUCAUAGAGGCGAAGCUGGCCGAUCUUGAUAAGAAGUCAAUUGACAAGAUAAGUUCGUGGAAGGAUACCGAGCUGAAGCUGCAAAGCGGUGGCUACUACGCCAACAAAGAACCCAACGCUGUGUUCGAGAAGAUCUGUUUAUUGUCUCGACCUCGUCAGCAAGGCUAUCGUGCCCAAGAUAUGUCAAGUGAGCUUCAAGAUACAGGGUAUUCUCACGUGCAUAGGAGUACCCCUUCGACUUGUUGA